CCGAAUAAAACUUCAUUUUCCAUUUUUUCUUCAUACUUUUCUCUCAUUUUCUUCGUUUCACUCAGAUUUACCCUUCACCCUCUUCUUCAACACUAGAUUUUGCUUCCAAAUUUUCGGUAAUGUAGCAACCCUUUUGAAUCCUCUACAAGAAUUUACAAUCAAAAUUCCUCUUUCGUAGAUCCUACUCAUAAAGUUUCAAACUUUUCGUUUCGGCACUAAACAUCAAUGGAUAGUUUCACCGCCGAAGAUCUGUCCACAAUCGGAGGUAUCGCCACCGUAUCGAUUCUCCAUUCGUUCAUUCCAACUCACUGGCUUCCGUUUUCCAUCGUCGGUCGUGCUCAGAAAUGGACCCUUUCUAGAACCCUCCUUGUUACUGCAUUUGGAGCAAUUUUACAUGUAAUAUCCACUUCACUGCUUGGUAUAACAGCAAUUACCAUGGCAAACACCAUUGCCGGCGAAGAAACAGUGCAUAAGCUUGCUUCACUUUUGCUCGUAUUUCUCGGUGGUAUGUAUAUUUUGUUGUUUGUUAUGGGAAAAGGCGGCCAUAGUCAUUCGCACAACCAACCCAUGGAGAAAAUGGCAGUAGCUGGGCUUAUUCUUGUUCCUGCAUUGUCUCCUUGUGCCACAACACUUCCAGUAUUUCUUGCCGUGGGAAAUUCAUCUUCCAUGAUGGUGCUUGCCAUCAUAGUGCUUCUAUUCAGCACAAUCUCUGUGAUGACUUCACUAGUAGCAUUGUCAUUUUAUGGGGCCAGUCAGCUGAAGUUUCAUUGGGUGGAGCGGUACGACAAACUUCUUGUUGGUUCAGUACUGUGUUUAGUAGGAUUGUUGACCCUAUUUUUUCAUGAUCAUGAUCAUCACCAUCAUAUUCAUGGAGAAGUAGCUUCAGUUGGAGAGCACUUGCAUAGAAAGAUGAUUUCCUUAUGAGAGUAUAUAAUAAUAAAUACAUCCUGUAAUUUGAUACUUUGAGAACUGCCAAUGUAUUAUUUCUAUUUUGUAUGAUACCAAAGUGUUGUUAUCUAGUUAAAGUUGUAGCCAAAGAUAAAUGAUGUUAUUCAGUUGAUAAAAAAGUGAUUGAUUUUACUGA